UCUUGGACUUCCCACCCACGUUCUCCCAAAACCAACCGAUCCUCCGCACCAUUGCCCACGAACGAACGGUCCAGAUCCUCCCAACGACUCCCAUCUCGAGGGCGAGCAGCUGAAGAAGAACAAAACCGGGACGAAGGAUUAUAGGAGAGCAGAUCAGAGAACCAGGGGGGGAAAGAAAGGAGGAGAAAUUAAAGCGAAGCGAAGAUGGGUGUUUGCUGUAGAUUUCUCGAGAUCCUGUGCGCCAUACUUCUACCCCCUCUCGGCGUCUUCUUCCGGCAUGGCUGCUGCAGCCUGGAGUUCUGCAUCUGUUUGGUGCUGACCAUCCUGGGGUACAUCCCGGGGAUGAUCUACGCGGUCUACGUGAUCGUGGCCGUGGAUCCCGACCACUACCGGCGCGAAUACUACGAGCCCAUCAAUCCGUAGUAGGUUAAGGGGCUUCUUCACCUCUAGACCCUCCAUUUCGUCUUGGGCCUUUUCUUCAUCUAAGACAAUGUUUUCUAUGGAAUGCCAGUGACCUGUGAAUGAUGGAUCUCAUGAUGCUAAUAUGGAUUCUCUAAUUAAUAGAAUCUUCUUAGUUAUUUUAAUUUGUAUGGUUUAUAUAAUUGGGCUUGAGUUGUGGGUAUGGAUUAUGGAAUCAUCUCUCUCUCGAUUCUUGUGCUUGAUUGCAGCAUUAGGUGAUCUCUGAUUUGACUCUGAAUUAGUAAUUGUGUUAUAUAAUGGAAACAUCUUUUAUGCA